AUUUCAGAACGAAACAUAACCUCAAAAUAUUGUGGUAGAAAUAGAUAGAAUAUUGGAAUUGUGUUUGGUGAAUUGAAAAUGUAUCUAAAUAGAGUUCACCGAACAUUUCCUAAAUUAAAAAAGCUUUUAACAAGACAACAGUCUCAAGCAGCAUUAGUAGAACAAAAUGAAUACACAGAAUCACCGGAAUAUCCUCCAAUUUUGGACAUGUCUCUGCAAGGCAGAAAAUUACGACAGAGGCAGGCAGUAUAUAAGAAAAUUCAAGAAUUAAAUACUGUUGAAGAAAAACAAAUAGCAUUAAAUAUACCGCGUUAUUAUGGUUGGAAGUGUAUAAUGUUUAACGAGGACAAAGUUCCAUACAAUGCUAUGCCUCUGGUGCAGUAUUACACAAGAAGUCAUUUCAUUCCUACAGAAAAACUACCGGAAUUUUAUAAUGAUACAGGCGCAGCAGCUGACGCCAUUGUUCAGGAAAUUAAAGCUCUUAUAGAGGAAGCUAUUUUAAUAGAAAAUGAUGGUGUGGACCGAACAUUCACCAGUGCCUUGGAUAAACCUGAAGUUUCACAGAAAGAGGAUGCAUUAGCUAAAUGUAUAGUAAGACAAAUCAACAGAAUUGUCAUCAAUAACUUGACCGAUAAAGUGGACCAUAUACUGUCUUCUCAAGUUGACUAUGAUCCCCGGCAUGAAGCAUUUUGGUUUGUUGGUGGUAUUCACCCACCACACAAACUAGUGGCUUGGAGGAAACAGUACGGUGGACUUAAAGGUCGCUGGUAUGAACCAAUUGACAGGGCAGUCCAAUAUGUUGGUACUCCAAUAUUAACAAUCAGAAACCGUCAGCCUCUGAAACCACUUGUGCCAUACAGUGAAGCAGAGAAUCCUGAGUUUAGAGUACCGAAGUUUGAUCACAAUCCAAAAGCUGUUGGAUAUUUUACAGAUAACAGACAUGGCACCAAUAUACCAGGAUUCUGGCCUGGUGAUUUUGAUGAAUUUGGCUUCCUGUCUUAUCAUGGACGUGGUCAUAUUCUUGCAAGAAAACCUUCAUUUGGACCUGAAGAUAAUCUAGAAGCAUUGCACUGUCAAGCUAUUAAGUCUAGCUUUGGUUGGCUGUUGGCUCAAGCAAAUAAUCAAGGUUUUACUACAUACAAUGAUAUCACCUAUCCUUUAGUUACACAAACUGUUGUUACAAAUGGUCAGCUAUGGUCUCUUUAUGCCUACCAAUUGAAUACCAUUGAAUUCCAUAAUGACAAUGUUGAUAAUCCAAAAAGUAACAUUUGCUUUGGUACAAAGCCUCUGAAGUUAUAUGACUCUAUAGAGAAUGGGAAAGUCCAAGGGCUUAAUGAAGAGGUUUUGAAAAUGCUUGUGCAGUUCUACUUAAAUGCUCCUGAGGAACGUGAACAUGAAAUGAAACCAUAUUUAGGACAGCAAGAACAAGUUGUAGCAGAUAUUGAAGAUGAUAACAAGCGCCGUUGGCUUGAAGCCAGAUACAAACAUCUAGUAUCUAACAGGCCCAAGCACCUCCUAAUUCCGGAGAUAUAUCAUUGGGAGCAGAUUUAUAAGAUUAAGUUCAACACCAGAUUCUUUGAGAAAAGGAGACGGCCAUUUGAACUUGGUAUCAGUCCCUUCAACAGAAGAUUGGAUGAGCAUUUACCUCCCUAUAUUCCUAAAGUUUUGCGGCCAUAUCCCAGGAGCAGAAAGAAGUUCGAAACAACAUAUUACCCUAAGAUCUAUGAAUAAGUUUAUUAUUUAUGUAGUUGUAGAUUUUCUGUAAAUUUAGAUAAACAUAAUGCUAUUA